AAAACUUGGUGCAAUUGGGUCCUUUUCUCAUGAGUGCUUCUAAAUGCUUUGUAGAUCUCUAAGAUCUUCUUGUAGGUCCAAAGUCUUUAGGGCCCACUUUAUGACCUUACUUCCUCUAAAUUGCGGAUGUUAGGAUUUUUUCAGGUGAACUAGCAAUGGAUCAGUUGGAGUCUUGUGUCCCACCAGGCUUCAGAUUUCAUCCCACGGAGGAAGAACUUGUGGGGUAUUAUCUAGCAAGGAAGGUAGCUUCACUAAAGAUUGAUAUAGAGGUUAUUCGAGACGUGGAUCUAUACCGAAUAGAGCCAUGGGAUCUCCAAGAUAGAUGCAAGAAUGGUGAUGAAGAACAAGCUGAGUGGUACUUCUUCAGUUAUAAAGAUAGGAAGUACCCCAGUGGAACACGUACCAAUAGAGCUACUGCUGCCGGAUUUUGGAAGGCAACUGGUCGAGACAAGCCAGUGCUUUCAAAAUCUAGAGUUAUAGGCAUGAGGAAGACACUUGUGUUCUAUAAAGGACGUGCUCCAAAUGGGAGGAAAACUGAUUGGAUCAUGCAUGAGUAUCGUCUUCAAUCGGGCGAACAUGGACCAAUUCAGGAAGAAGGAUGGGUUGUAUGCCGAGCAUUUAGAAAACCAAGUCCCAAUCAAAGGCAAUGCUUCAACAAUUAUGAUCCUACUUACUACAAUAAUCUUGAUGGGCAAUAUGGACGAGAACCACGUUUCAUGGAGUCCUAUCAAGGAGGCAAUUUCCGAGAACAACCUACUGGGUGUAGGGGGGAAUCAAAGAACACUACUCUCCUCAGCCAUGUUCUUGAGCUUCCACAACUACACAGUCCAAGUUUAUCAACAAGUUUAUCCACCAAGGAAUUCUUUGAGCCAAAUGUUGCGAGCGAUGAAGAGCAUGCUGCCAAGAGAAGUGACUGUGAGGGGCAAAUGAUCGAUUGGAAGUUCUUGGACAAGUUGCUCUCCUCACAGUUAAAUGAAUCAGCCUCUUCAAGUAUGCCAGUUGUUCCAGUGAAUUAUGAUGGAGGUGCUCAAAGCCAAGGAGAUCAAUUCCUUGCAUUGUUUGAUAGCUAGUAGCGGUGACUCUCUUAUUUCAAUGGUUAUGUUGCUAAUAACAUAUGGUGGCAAGGUCAAGAGCCACUUGAUUUGUAACUAUUACGACAUUUCGAGUACUAAAAAGUAGCUAGUGAAGAACUAAUGUCAAGUUGUGUGGAGUCUUCUUAGGUUGAAUAUGUUGUGCAUUAUUGUAAGCUGUAUUUCUUAGU